AGCUGAUACUGCCCCAAUGCCGACGAGAAGCAACCGUUUUAGCAGGAUCAUUGUUUUACGACUGUUUACACUACUCUUUUUUGCAAUGGUUAAGGAAUCGGAUCAAAUUCCUACAAACUCUCCCUCUGAGUGUCAACGGAAAUGUGCCGAUGUCGCCCGAACAAAUACUUCUACCCAAGAGGUACGUUGAAUUUAUUCGUUUUUGCUACAUGAAAGCCGUAUGAUCUGAUAUGCCAUCUUUUAAUGCGACUGCAUUUUUAGACACAUUCCUUUUCUUGUAAGAAACAAUUCAAACUGCAAGUUACGCUCAAUACCCUUACGUGUAAUUAUUUUGGUCAUGCGAAGCAUUUCGGAUAAAACCGACCAAAAAUUCAUAACAUUUAGGGUUUUAUUAGAUUUUUGGACAGAUAAAAUUCAAUCAUAUUGGAAAAUUAGGGAAACUUGUGUACAACUUAAGUUUAGAACAUUUGAACAGCAUACUUUGUAAUUGUAGAACAUUAAGCCGUCAAAGAGCCCAGUGUUUCGUAGUUAAGAUGAUGUUGAAUUUGAUAAAUACUGCAACACAUUUUCCCAUUUUCUAAGAAAGCAGCGACUAACAUAAAAGAUCUGAUUUAGAAAAUUUGAUUAGCAGAGAACGUCCGAAGCAGACAAACGGUUCAUGUUUACAUACAUAUACAAAUGCAAUAUCACUCCUUAUCUGCCUACCUGAUGCAAGGUGUCUAUAACAACUAGUAGACGUUUAUGACAGGCAUGAUAUUCUUCCUAGUUAUUCCUCUACCAACCUAAAUUUGUUUAAAAUGAGAAGUCAGCGCUUUUACAACUGUAGAGGAAUUGUAAAAUCUUUUGUCUACUGAUGAGGGUCCCUAAAACACAAAGCUAACCAACACUUAUGAGCGUUUGGAUAAGCACUUAAAACCUUUCGCCGGACUUCGAUUGAGUUCUUGCAAAGUGCUACCUAAGUAUUGAACUUAGCUCUCUCAUUUUUCUGGGAACCCGUAUUAUAAUUGGACAUCUUUACGUUACAUGAAACAAAGACAACUCAGGAGAUAGACUGAUAUAACCAACCUAAAAUUAUUGCACCAUUACCAUACAUCAGUUGUAUUUUGUCUUAAACUAAUUUCAGAUAAGAGUUUUUGUUGCUUGUGUGAGAUUUCGGAAACAAAGUAGAAUUUAAUGGGUCUCGGGAGUACUUAAAAUUAUCGCACCAUACAACAGACGAGUUUGUUUUUUGUCUUACGUUGAUUGCAGAUGAAUUUUUGCUGCUUGCGUGAGAUUUUCGAAAACUAAGUGAAAUUUAAUGGCAUACUCAGUCAGCCCCUUAUUGCGGCUGACAACCCUCGGAAAGCACGUCAAAAAUAUAGGAAUGAGCGCGAGACCUGACUUAAAUGCGCAUACAAUAUUACUGAUCAAUUAGCAAAGCAAAUCGUGACUUUGUGUUUUGCUGACAUGAAUACUCAGGUUUACUAAAAAUGCAAAUUUACUUUUCGGAAAUAAGUAAAAAUUGAGUAAAUGCAUUGUAUACAGCUGCUCGGUUUCAGUCAGUUUAAUCAACUAGUGGCCUUGUCACAUACUUUAAAGCGAAAAAUCUCUAAAUUGUUUUGCAAAAACCUGAAAAACAAACAACAUCAGAGGUUUCCGGUUGAACGGCCUCGCCAAGAAGGAUUUUAUCUAGACACAGAAGUUAAGUUAGGCCAUAUAUUUGACUCUGGAAGCUGAGUGAGAGAACUAAUAACCAAAUCUAAGACAAAAAUACUAUCGAAUGAGAGAAAAAAACUUGCAGUGGAAUGAAGAACAUCAACUAUUAAAACAAAGCUAUAGUUAGCAGGAAAAGGAAAGGGAAAUAAUUCACUACGUCACCUCAUUCUAGAAAACCACUAAUUUUUUAUCAAAUCAGGCGAAAGCAUUAUGACCUUUUCUUAUUAUAAAUCAGUUCUGAUUUAACUUUAUUUUUAUUAUUACGGCACGUUAAUACAGAUGUACUGUUAACCAGCUCUGGAGAUGGCGACUUGUAGAUAAAUAAACUAUAAGAUGAUUGAUUGUUAUACAUUUUUUCUCCUCCCCCGCAGUUGUGUUUACGCGGAUGCUUGAACAGGAAAACAGGUGAUUAUUGGCACGAAUUCCUUCACCUUGUCUUCGAUGUUGAAACUUAUUUUUAUUCACUUAUUGAUUUAUACAAUAUUUCAGUGAUCGACCGAUCCCCUUCACCCGGAGAUAAUAUCCUUCAACCUACAGGUAAACAUUUUAAGAGAAUUGCAAGGGCUCGAUACCCUGGGUACCAGAGGCUUUUUCUCUGUCUCGGAAUGCUUCGGUGUCGGUCACAAUGCCGACGCAUCUUCGGGCAAAGACCGAAUCAACGAGUGGCUAUGAAGCCUUAUGACCUAAAUCGGAAACCAGCCGUACGCUUGAAAAGUCUCUAGCACCCAGGAUAAGGGCUCGUACGAUUACGAAAAGUUCGCUUACUUAAAAUUCUGUUUUUCCAUGUUGCCAGUUUUUAUUCAUGAAGCUUAUACAGAGACAAUUUUUGUUCAUUUUCUUAGUGAUCUUAAACGCCCUUAGCCCCAAUAUAUAAGCUCGUAGCGAACUCACAGUAACAUUUUAACAUGUUAGACUGUCCAGAUUCCACGCAAGACCAGUCAGUUUUAGACUGGACUCCUAGUAGGAUUUCUGAAAGCUUUGGACAAUAUGAAAACUCAAGCUCCUGGUACGUGAAUAUGUCUUGGAGUCCCAUGAACGGUAAGACUUUCCUUAUUUGCAGAUGACCUUUAGAAAAGUAAUUUAACUGCAAUUUUAAUAAUUAAAAUCAAAAUAUAGUAAGAUUCCUACUUGACUCUCAUCAACACACCGCAAAGCGAGGAAUGACCAAUUUACACAAGCCUUUGUAACCACCUGAAAUCAAGGUUACGCCCGGUUGUCACGUAUUACGAUAACCAACCCUUUUCCAUUAUACUUUCGAUGCCUAAGUUAAAGAGUAACAUGUGUGGUUUUCGACUUUCCGAGCACAACACCAAUUAUCAUUUUUUUUUAAAAAAAAAAAAAACUUACAGCAAAACUCCUUCCGCAAGCUAAUUAAUUUAAGUCUAGAACCUGAUGUAGUAUCAAUUUAACUAAGACCUUAAUGGAGAAUGGAGGAUAUUAGAGUCUUAUUAGGUCUACUCUGGGACCUUUAUAAGUCGACGUAUCUAAUUAAAUGGCAACUUAAGGAUAUCAUUAUUAUAUAGUUAUUAUUAUUAUUAUUAUUAUUAUUAUUAUUAUUAUUAUUAUUAUUAUUAUUAUUAUCAUCAUCACCACCAUCAUCAUCAUUAACAUUUAUUAUUAUUAUUAUUAUUAUUAUCAUCAUUUUAUUCAGAUUAUAUUAUUAUUUUACUUCUGGAUAAUAUGUAAUAAUAAUGAAAUAUUAGUCAGAUAGAUUAUAAGUUUUCCUUAGUCCAAAAACUACAAUAAAAUUAGCUGACUGAUUGUCUGCACCUUCUUCUACAUGACUGGUAGAAUUUGCGAUUAAGCUCUUUAGUUCUAGUUUUACCCUCAGGCCACCAAAGUAAAGGAUCAAUUAAACUGAUAUUUCACUACAAGUUGAUUGACUUGGCCCUUUUUUGAUCUUAUGGUUAAUGUUUAGACACCAUUGGAAACCGGACUGGCAUCUUGGUUCGUAUGGUUAUCAUAUCGUUAAAGGAUGGAAAUCCGGUCCCGACAAACUGUUUUGUUUUUCCACCGGUAAGAAUGGAUGUGUUAUUACGCCAGUCUAGCGUCGACUAUAAUAAGUCAACCUCUUUGCAAGGUCAAAUAAAGACAGUUAUUAAAACGGCGUCUAGUCGUUUUUAUUUGCCUUAUAAUUAUUAAUAAUUAAGUGAAUUAUUAUUUCAACACUGUUAAUACUGCAGAAAAUUUGAGAAGGCAUAUAGCACAGGCUGGAAUAAUAAAAAAAUAUAUAUCUAUCUAUAUCUACUUAAACGGCUCAGUUAUAUCUACAACAGGGCGACUGGGAGGUCUAACACAAAGCGUCUCUCAGCAAGCCUCGGAUUCUUUUUAAUAACCAGUCGUUUUUUGUCAAUUGUACCGGUAAGACUGGAAACGUGUCAUUGCCUUCCGUAAUACAGACCUAACCAGGGCUAAUUAGCUCUCUUAAUAUUCAUAGUUUGCUCAAACAAAAUAUAUAAUAAUGCUAAGUGGUGGGAAACGAGACUGGUGAAAAACAACAGUAGGUCUAAUUAGUAAUUUGUUUUGCACGACUAACAACAUGAAAAUUCCAGAAACUUCCUGGUUACACGUUUUAUGGAGGAAAUGUCGUACGUGUUCUUGUUCAUUUUUUGUCACUGGCGCUCAUUUUCACCUUGGUGGCCGCUAGCAUUUCCGGAUUUCCCACCGCCGCUACAAAAUUUUUAUGUUGUUCUUCCGACAAAAAAAUGUCUCGUUUGGCCUUUUAUCGCUCGCUCUAGCUGUCUGUCGCUCUUCUUCUCGUUGAGCUUCUCUGGCCUGUUGCCUUCUUUGUCUUUUUUCUGUCUCUCUCUUUCUCUGUAUUUCAAAUUUGUAGACAUGACAAUAAUAUUGACCUAAGCUUAUACUUUGACAACACUUAAACAGAAACAAUUUCCGCUUUCCCUUUUCGUUUUUAUUGACUCUAUCUUUAGUUGUCUCUGCCUUUAUACACAAGAAGCCGGUGGCUAUGCGAUUUCCCGCCAAAAUAACCUCAUGUUGCCAUACCUGUAUGUUGAUUGAGUUAUUUUACAUUGGUAUGCCCGUGGUGCGGACGGACGGUCGGUCGGUCGGGCGGGCGGGCGUACGGUCACGUGGCUACCAAAUGCAUAGGUUACCAAAUUUUCUUACCCAUGGAUCUCCGCUACUUGCAAGAGCUCCGCUAUAACCCAGUGGUUGCCUCUGUUCAACUGUUGCUUAGCGUUGUACAAUAACCGCUUCCAAACAGGCAGCAACAGAAAAACAUGCAUUUUCACAUUUAAGGUCAAAUUAACUUAGGAAGAAAAUCUUCUUCUUCCAUUGUUUUCUUGGCCAAGAAAAGGCACGUUUCAAAAUGUAUGACGCUCUUUUUUAUUUCUUGUAGACCCAAACAUUUCUCAGAGUAAACAUCUCUUCAUUUGGCUACCAAUAUCCAGACGCUAUUUUCGUAAACGUAAGUAUAUCAAGUGUACUUGAUAUGAAAAUUGGCUACUUGUUUAUCUCACAUUGCAAUCACAAGUAGGCGAUUUUCAUUUCACUUGUGACAAGUGUUAAAUGACCAUGAACAGGGACUAAAGCUAUGUCAAAUAACUUUUAUUUCCUUCUGUAUGUUUAGAUUCUUGCCCUCCCAUAUCGUGCAGACAUUUCAGAUGCUCAAAGGAUGUUGCCACCAAAACUCUGUAAGUGUAGCAUUUUAAGUUAUUUUAAACAAUAAUUCUGCAUUGGAAUUUUUUUCAACAAGGGGCUUAUUUAAGCAAACACCAUAGCAUUGUUGUUUAUAGGAAACUUAAAAUACCACGAGAAAGGCAUGGAUAGCUUUUGGUAAAUGAUUUCAGGGUUUUGCUGGUUCCUUCUUUCCUUCUUUAUCGUUAUGCGACUGAAUGGGAUUUUGAAUUUUCUUUUCUUUUUUUCCCAUCAUUUAAAAAACUUGAAUAGGUUUUUUUUUUCUUUCAAAUUUUUACGUUGUAGCUUCCUUAUGACACCUUAUGUGUUUUGCCACCUAUCGCUUUAGUCCAUCUCGCAAAUCAGCUUGAAUGGAGUAAGGUGAAAUUUGAAACAAGAUUUUUCCGACGCUACAAAUAUGCACGCAAAUUGAAAUUUAAAUUCAUUCCCGUUUAUUACAAAGUUUAUUUCGAGACGCGGAUACUUAAAGACAUUCUUGGUAUAUUAUUUUUUCCUGCGAUGGUGUUCACCGAUCAAACAAAUAUAUAAGCAACUGCCAUAAGAUGAUUUAUUCAAUAAUGUCCACCUUCAAAAGCCAUCAGCAAAAGGAGGAAUCGGUCUACGCCUAAUACAAUUGUGCUAAAUUUAGUCACUUCGAAAUCAGUUAUUUAUUUCAAUUUCUUUCGUUUUCUAGCAGCGCCUACACCCACUACGACACCAGGUAAAGUAAACGAGGACACUUUCUUCAUAACAAUGUGCUCCUGACUUUUUUUUUUCUUUUAAGGGCCUGUUUACAUGGAGGUGGGGGACCCCAGGUAGGUGAUGUAACCCCCUUAGGUGAGGUAACCCGCCGGUCCAUUUAAUCUCUCAUUUUACUGAGAUCACGUUUACAUGAUAGGUGGGGUGACCCGCCUAGGCGGGUAGCCCGGUCUGCCAGACCGCGUAACCCUCUCAGCCGGGGUCAAAUUUUGUCAUGUAAACGUUUAAAGGUGGGGUAACCCGCCUAGCUGGGGUCGGAUUCCAAAAACAUCAAAUUCGAGCAAAAUUCAUUUUGGCGGUUGCUUUGCAUCAUUAUAAAGGUAGCAAUAGAAAGCCACAGCACUGAAGGUUGCAGCAAGAGCAGCACGUGAGUGUAGAAGAGCAUUAAUCGCCAAAACACGAGGUUUGCCAGCAUUGUUCUUGUAUACGUGCUUAGCGACCAUUCAGUAAUCUUAAAAAUGUGCACCCCGGGGUGGCGGGGUUGUAAGAUUACAUGUAAAGGAGGGUUUUUUUUUACCCCACCUAAGCGGGUUACCUCAUCUACCUGGGGUCCUCCACUUCCAUGUACACAGGCCCUAACAGCUUGUUCAUUAUCCUUAAUUUAUGUAUCUACUUUCCUUUGCCGCGCCUUCAAAACCUCCUGAGAACAAAGGUAAAACAAGCCGUAAGAACUAUAGCUUUUGGUAAAUGAUUUCAGAGUUUUGCUGGUUCCUUCCUUCCUUCUUCAUCGUUAUGUGACUGAAUGGGAUUUUGAAUUUUCUUUUCUUUUUUUACCAUCAUUUAAAAAACUUAAAUAGGUUUUUUUUUUCUUUCAAAUUUUUACGUUGUAGCUUCCUUAUGACACCUUAUGUGUUUUGCCACCUAUCGCUUCAGUCCAUCUCGCAAAUCAACUUGAAUGGAGUAAGGUGAAAUUUGAAACAAGAUUUUUCCGACGCUCAAAUAUGCACGCAAAUUGAAAUUUAAAUUCAUUCCCGUUUAUUACAAAGUUUAUUUCGAGACGCGGAUACUUAAAGACAUUCUUGGUAUAUUAUUUUUUCCUGCGAUAGUGUUCACCGAUCAAACAAAUAUAUAAGCAACUGCCAUAAGAUGAUUUACUCAAUAAUGUCCACCUUCAAAAACCAUCAGCAGAAGGAGGAAUCAGUGUACGCCUAAUAUAAUUGUGCUAAAUUUAGUCACUUCGAAAUCGGUUAUUUAUUUCAAUUUCUUUCGUUUUCUAGCAACGCUCAAACCCACUACGACACCAGGUAAAGUAAACGAGGACACUUUCUUCAUACCAUUGUGUUCCUGACUGUUUUUUUUUAAAUACGUCAUAAGAUGAUUUACCCAAUAAUGUCUACCCUCAAAAGCCAUCGGCAAAAGGAGGAAUCGGUCUACGCCUAAUAUAAUUGUGCUAAAUUUAGUCACUUCGAAAUCAGUUAUUUAUUUCAAUUUCUUUCGUUUUCUAGAAGCGCUCAAACCCACUACGACAGCAGGUAAAGUAAACGAGGACACUUUCUUCAUAACAUUGUGUUCCUGACUGUUUUUUUUAAAUACAUCAUAAGAUGAUUUACCCAAUAAUGUCUACCCUCAAAAGCCAUCGGCAAAAGGAGGAAUCGGUCUACGCCUAAUAUAAUUGUGCUAAAUUUAGUCACUUCGAAAUCAGUUAUUUAUUUCAAUUUCUUUCGUUUUCUAGAAACGCUCAAACCCACUACGACAGCAGGUAAAGUAAACGAGGACACUUUCUUCAUAACAUUGUGUUCGUGACUGUUUUUUUUUUUUAAUACGGCUUGUUCAUUAUCGUAAAUAUAUGUAUCUAUUUUCCUUUGCAGCGCCUUCAAAAGGUCCAACAAACAGUAAGCACUAUUUCUUACUGUACCGCAACUUAAAUAUGCUUUCCGAAGUACGAUAAUUUCUUUUCAUUUAUUUUUACGACUACAUCAAGAAAAAUACAUGUAAGAUGACCCUUUCUAAAGUUACCGGUACGUUCAUGUUAUACCGGAUAGCAUUUGCGCCGGCACGAAAAGCGAUCCCGUAUCAGUGUGGACAUCGCUUAAAUGUCUGAACCGGGCGUAUAUAUAAUGUUUCUCUACAAUGUUUCUCCGACCUGUUGCAAAGUAAAUGACCUCUUCCCGUCUUCAAUGGUUAAUGUAAAACACUGCGUUGAAACAGUUCUGUUACAGAAGAUAAGUUUUCCAAACAAUUAUGCCGUUGAAACACUGCUUGUGUUAAAAAGCGCUAAGGGAAGUUACUCAGUGACCUCCUUAAUUUAACUGAUACAACCUCAAUUCCGUCUUUCUAGAAUGCAACAACGAAUAUGGGAAGCUUGUGUGGUACCCAGAUAAGAUUAAAGCAAAGCCUUUUUUAGGAGAUAAUAACACCAUUUCCUAUGUGAACAUAUCGUGGUCGCCAUUAACAGGUAUGAUUGACUCAGACUGUUAUUACAAUAGCCAACAUUUGGCAAAAAACUGGGGGCAAAAAAGUGCCACAGACGUUUUGUACCUUUAAGUAUCCAUCCAUUUUAAAUUUCCAAAUUUGCCCCAUCUCCUUCCCUACCAUGAAGUGCCAUACGAGUGACAGUUGACCCAAGAUGUGGUCAAACCUAUCCAUCAAUAAGUUCUUCGAUAUUAUCAGGAGUUAAGGUUUUACAAUAAAGAACAAAGGGAAUCGAAUUAGUGAUACACUAGGGACAGAAAUCUAGGCUAAUGGCCAGAAUGAUUUUCCCUGAACUUCACCCUGUUAAAAAUGUUAUGCUACCACAUUUUCUGUCCUCCAACGGUCUGGGAAGAAUGGCAUGGUUUUUUUUUUAGUAAAAUUCAACUAGUGGUCUAUUAUCAAUGCUGCGUUCUGAUUGGUUGAGCUACUACUAGGCUAUAUGAUGUAGCCCACUAGUAGCGAAAAGGGCCGCAAAACAAUGGCUUUUGCAUUGCGUUUUGCUGGCUAAAGUUGUUUCGUCUCGAUAUUUUUGACCAACUAGUUGGAUUUUACUAAUUAAAAAUAAUUAUUUCUCUCGCCCUCAUGGCCUCUGAGUCAAUAGCCUAUUCGGCCUUCGGCCUUCAGCCUCAUGGGCUAUUGACUCAGAGCCCAUUCGGGCUCGAGGAAUAAUUGUUAAAUAUCUAGUGAUAGUUAUCGCAAAAAUCUUACUCAGCAUUUUCAAUUUCCAUCCUACAGAUCCCACGGUCACUUGGAAGGGUUACAUGAUUUCCCUCUUCAUCGGUGACAUCCGUACACUGGGUUCUUCCCCUGGCAUGAGAUGUUUCCUUUUACCAAAGGUAUAACUAUAUCAAUAUAAGUGUCAAGAAAAGGGAUUUAAUAUGUUUACGUGCCGGCCAAUUUAUUUCAUUAUCUGGCUUGGAAGGAAAACCCACUAGUUAGACUGUUUGCAAUUCCCCUUUUACCGUGAAAUGGACGAGAUCGAGAGCUUGCUGUAACGGGCGGCCAUGUUGGUUUAAUAUGCACCAAGGGGGUGGGCGUCUGGGCCUGUUGAUAUAGAGUAGAUAUGAUACUCUUUUCCCAGAUUACACUUACAAUCAAACCAAAAUGGCUGCCCGUUUUAGUGAGCGAUCUUACUGAAAAAUAGGGUAGUGUGAGCUCUCUAAUAAUAUGUCGACAGCUUUCAACACACGGUUCUUGCUAAAUGCGCCAGCACAGCAACACAGGCAAAAAAAAAAACAAAAGCAAAAACAAACAUGCAAACAAACAACACAAAACCAAAAAAACAGCAAGUAACAAGACAAACAAACACCAGGAACCAAGCAUUAUAUCAAACCACGCUGCGGGUUUUUGUUGACAUGGUAGAGGGCUUAACCGCAAAGCAAAGGUUCGUUUGAAAGAAGGGCCUUACGCCAGUCACGUGACCCCAAUGGUCACUUGGGAGUCUCUUCAGGAGAUUCUACUGCCUGCAUGGCUCCAUUAUUGCUUUUGCUUUAACAUAAUCUAUAUCGGUACAUGCAGCAAGGCACCACAACACUGAGUUAGCUCCGCCAUGACAGGUGUUACAAACGACGGCCCUGGAAAGUACAUCCCUGAAUUCUCUUGGAAAGCGGUGAUAAUCAUUCUGAACUUUCGCAAUUUUAUAUAAACUUGACGUUUCCUAUGCUAGUUCAUUUUCAAAAGUGACCAAAAGCGACCGUUACAGAAAUAUUGUGACAAAACUAUUUAUACAAAAUUGAUAAGGGGGCUGGAAAUAAGAUUAAGAAAAUAAUCGCUGUCUGUGUUUUAUUUUUGAUUAAGCUGCGAUGGCCCACUAACAAAUCUUUAUAAUCUGUCUUUUAAUUUUUCUUCCUAAGAACCAAACAUACUUCAUUGUCGACUCUUCUAGAGGCUGGAAACAUCCAUGCUCAUCAAUAUCUGUCAAUGUAAGUGACAUAAACGUAAAUAUAUCUGCCAGAGUUAGGACCUGUUAACAUGGCCGUGGGGGGACCCCAGGUAGGUGAGGUAAACCGCUUAGGCGGGGUAACCCGGUUGUCCAUAUAAUCUCUCAUUUUAAUUUGGCCACGUUCACAUUAUGGUGGGGUGACCCGCCACAUGUUACCAAACCUACCUGGGGUCCUGCACCUCCAUGUAAAUAGGCCCUUAAACAAAAAAAAACGGUUACAUAAACAUUUAAAAUAAACUUUUUUUUACAAACUAAACUUGUUAAUGGCCAUUCAGACUAUCAGAAAGCCUUUUACGCGAAACAAAUUCUGUUAUAUUCAUGGAAAUAACACAAAUAUGGAUGUUGGGAGAACACUCAAAUACUUGUAAAUCACUCGCCUUCGGGUCGUGAUUCAUUAUAAUCUUUUCUCGUGUUCUCCCAACAUCCCGCGUGGGUAUCACGCCAGUAAACCCAUAGAAAGUGUGAUCUAUUGCUUAAAUACACAAAAUGAGCUAGGCAGCCGUGACACAGCCCCUUUAAUGGACAUGUGAUUAUGUACAAAUGCAAGACGCAUAAUGGAAGAGCGUUUUCAACAAUGGCUUUUUCAUUUCAUCCUUUUUAAGGUAACGGCAUAUCCUCGUCCGAGAUUUGAAGUAGCCGAUUUGGGAAACAUUUUUCCAUCGAAGCCAUGUGGACCUCCAGGUAUAUACUACGAAACUUUUACUAUCUCUUCACAAUCUACUCAUUUUUAACCUCCAUCUCUUAUAACUCUGCCCCUUCCCUACCACACUGAAUUAGAAUCAGAAUGGUCCUACAAAAAAGCAUCCUCAUUAGGACAACGUUGUUUGCCAAUUGGCAUUCAAAGGGAUCAAUGAUUGCAUAAAUCAACAAAAUCUUUGCCGAGGUAAGAGCGUAUUUAGCAAAAAGAAAUCGUUUUCCGUUGACGCGAGCUUAAAAGCGUUUUUCUAGGGGGGGGGGACGGGUUGCGCGUCCCCGGAAGUUUAUUAUGAUUACAUAAGUUCAUUUUUUAACUAGAUAAGUCAAAUCUGAAACAAUAAUAAACUACAUGCAAAAAUAUUUUUCUCACUUAUUUUCCAGUUGUUCGAAUGCCGGUUAUCACUAACCCAGGGUUUAAUUUUAACCCGGCUUUCUUUUUCUUGUCAUCAAAAGCACUAUCUCGGAUAAUUUCUCUAUUCUUUUUAGAGUAUCCAGUCAUCAAAUUGCAGGCAAAAAGAAUUGAACUGAAUUUGAAUUUUAACCUCUAAUAUUUGAGUUCAAAGUUCGCACUAACCCUGGGUUAUCUUAACCCAGCUUCGAACACCCCGGCCCUGAACAAUUUCUGUAAUGUUUUGUUGCUUUUGUUUUAUAGAGCCCACUGGUAAGUAGUCUAACGAACGCUAUGAUAAGUUAAUGAUAAGGGAUUGAUAAAUUUAUUGACUAAAUGCGAAAAAAUAAAUUGGAUAUGAAAACGUUUUCACCAAUUUCACUCCACUGAUUGAAGCGGGUCUAUCUCCUUUUUUUAAUAGUGACUCCAUCAGUGUCUAAAGAGCAAACUGUUAAGUUUUCUUGCAAACUUCGUAUAACACACGAUUAUAUAAUAAGGGUUUGAUAAACUUUUUGAUAUAGAACAGGCUGGGUUAACAAAAACCAAGUUGAUCCAAUUUAAUGAUAAAGGAUUGAUAAAUUUAUUGACUAAAUGCGAGACAAUAAAUUGGAUAUGCAGACAUUUUCCCAAAUUUAUUGUAACUGAAUAUCAUUCCGGCUUUUAAGAUCGUAAUUUGAAAAAAAAAUUAAAUGAGAUAUAUUGAGUUCAGUUCAACGUUGUUUAUUUCCCAUGGAAUUUCAUUGCUCAGACAUUUUCCCAAAUUUAUUGUAACUGAAUAUCAUUCCGGCUUUUAAGAUCGUAAUCUGAAAAAAAAAAAUUAAAUGAGAUAUAUUGAGCUCAGUUCAACGUUGUUGAUUUCCCAUGGAAUUUCAUUGCCCAGGAAGUCAGAUUUCUUUUGCUUCUAAAACAUCCGUUGAUACAAACGUCGGGGUUUUAUUUUUCUCACAUGCCUUGAUUUAAGGAUUUUAAGCAACGUAAAUGCAUCGCGAUACAAUUAAAUUGGUUCAAAAUGACAGAUCCAAGAUGACGGAUAUGUGGAUUUAUUAGAAAUGAUAUCAUCAUUAUUUCACUACUUUUGUCAACGAUACGAAGUGCAAGUUAAACUGUACUUGGAUACUGAAAAUAGUAAUAUCAUUUUGGGUAAAUUUAGUGGCUGUAUCAGGAGAAGUUUAAAAAUUAUGGAGAGAGGCUCAGACGCCUCCCGCCCCUUUCUGAAUGGGUUAAAGGGGUAAAGGAAAAAUGGCUAAAGGCAUUUAAUCAGAACGGGCUAGCCACUUGGAACUGACCGUAACAUUGAGCGAGACACAUAAAUCAGGAACCAGUACUAAACCAUUGAAAACCCAGUAAAAUGCAAAAGAAGGAAUAUAUACGAAGAAGACUGAAAAACGGACGGAAACUGGUUAGCCUUAAAAGCAGCUUUUCAAAGUUCAUAUCUUGGUACACAUCGCCUUUAAAUUAGCAGAGGGCUCAGAUACGUUUAAAAUAGAUCACGCGGGUUUAUCAUAUCAAUAAAAUUAAGUGGCGUCGACCUCGUACAUAUGAAACAAGGAAAAUGAGAUUCUAGGCACUCUAACUUUCAGAAGGAAACACAGAGAUCUGAACAAAAGUUAGGCUGGGAAAAUGGCACUUAACCUCUCUUUAGGAGCCUCUUAUUCUUUUUGAAUUAGUUUACGUGAAAGUUCAUACCAAAUUCACAUUAGGAAUGAAAACCCCUUUCAAACAAAUGUUUUGGAAAUUGAAAAUUUCCCUUUUUAUCCUCAGGGGUAAAACAAGGCAUCGUUCAAACUGUGUUUUUGUCUGUGGGAGGCGUGGCUGGUGUCUUAAUUGUGGUGGCAGUGAUAUUUUUUUAUCGACGGUGGAAAAGACAAACCUUGAAGGAAACGCCUGGUGAAGGGCCAAAACGUAAGUAAGGGUUUAAAGGAGUUGCAUCAGGGACAAAAAUCACCAAUAAUUUAUCAAUAUGACCUCGUUAUUUUCCAUCCCAUCAACACUUUCUUCGGCCAAAGCCGAGACACCUUCAAAUAUUUAACCUUCCAUCGAAGAAGUGAACUUUGAGAUCAUAGAUAUCAAAAGUCACCGGAAGGUGCCUCGGUUUCUACAGGAGUAUAUUAAAAAAUGCUGUAUUCGAGGUUUAGUAGCUUCCUCUUCGAAACGGCAGAACCCCUAUUGCCUUAGCUUCUGGAUUCCACCUCUUUCACACCGCCCUAAAUAUUCCCCAUUGUUUGCCCCACAAAUUUUCCUUAAGCAUUAUUUUCCCUUUCUCUCCAACGAGACUCGACUCUCGGCUUCGCCACUCGCCCAAAAUUAUUAUUGCUCUGCCACCCGCUCCCCGCGUGAACGAUUCCCUACCUUCUUAAGAUCUAGAUCAUUAAUUAUUAUUAAUUUAUUUUUCUUUUUAUGGGUUCUCAAAUUAUCACAUUUAAUUAAACAUUUUUCUUUUUUUCAACCAAGAAAUUGCAUUAUUGUAAUUUAUUUUUGUGCUUGUCCAGAGUAGUAGUCGUUGUUGUUGUUUUUUUUUAACGCGCUGCUAUUGCUGGUUUUCAGUGUCACGCCAUUCAAAAUAGAUCAAAAUAAAAAUCAAAACUGUUCAAUAGAUAAAGUCCAGAAUCUGGGAAAUGAAAGGAGGUAAAUGUACCAAGCUCCUCGCCAAGAUUCAGGCCAGAAGAAUAUCCCGUAUACGAGAUAUCCGAAUUUAUAGAGAUUUAUAGAGAUUUGCAUGAAGAUGCCAUGCUGGUGCCCACCUGGAUGGGCACCAACAUGGCGAACGGAAACCAGCAAAAACUUCUGUUACCGAGUUUUGGUACAAAGGCGUGUAUUUAUUCCUCGAGGAAACCAUAAACAAUAAAGUAAUACUUUUUCUGAACCAUGAACUGUUUAGAUGGCAAAAUUCCCGGAAAUACGUCCUUUUUUUUAAAACCUACAUGACAGCUCUCUCGGCCGUCAGGUAAAUGCCGUUACGCAAAAGCCUAGAAAGUCAAGCGCACUCUAUCACAAAACCAAGAACCCUUUUGAAGCGAAAAUUUGUAUGAAAAUUAGUUUUCAGCCGCUCUAAUACACCAUGAAAGUAAAAUCUCAGUAGGAUCGAUAGUUUUGUAGUUGAAUUUUAGUGACGUCAUGUGAAAACCAACAAUAACGCUUUAACAGUUUAAUAUAAGUGCACUGUAAGUGCAAGUGUUUUCCCCAGUGAUUGGUGUUACGCCAUAAAUCACGGACGGGCAAGCAGUCUUGUCCAAUACAUCCUUUCUACGCAACUUUGUUUUCUUCGUUUGUUUUGGUAAUUUAAUCACUCUUUUUAUUCCACAGGUUUCAAAUACCACGCUUUUAUAAUCUACAGUAUGCUUGAUUCACAAUGGGUCGAUACAACCCUUGUUCCAACCCUUGAAAGCUAUGGUUUCAGAUGUUGCAUCCACUGGAAGGACUUUUUACCUGGCAGGGUCUUUGCAGAAAGUAUCGUAGAAAGCGUGUACAACAGUUUCAAGAUUAUCGCUGUCGUAUCAAGCCAUUUUAUGAGCAGUAAUACCUGUGACUUUGAAUUACAACACGCCAUGACAAGACUCAUGGCUAACAGAGACGACUGCUUAAUAGUGAUUAAAUUCGACAAUGCAGGCAUUGAGAGACUACCAGCUCCAAUAUUAGAUAGGAGUUACAUAGACUUUACUCGUGGAACCGAUAGAUCUACAUGGGAGUCCAAGUUAGCAGGAAUCCUUAGUAAAGCUCUUAUUGAAGACGACAGUUGCAGAACUAGCACGACAAGUACUACUGACAAUAACAACAGAUUCUCAGAAGGCAUUUCAACGGCCAGCGAAGAUAAAGAUCUCACUUGUUCGUGCCAAAUAGAGUGACGGAAUAUAUAUGCCUAUAAGUAUACGAUAAGAGAUCAAGAGAUUAUCGUCACAGAAUUAACUCGCAAUGUGGAAUAAGACAAUCUUCAUGACAGCUGUCAAAAUGGACCUCGAUUUCUCGAGGUUACAUCCAACAGGAUGUGCCGGUGAAUAGAUAAAAGGUUUCCUAUGGAAUACCUUGAGACGCCAUUUGCUUUGUAGCGUCUGUAGUUCCAAUGGUUCUCGCAACAGAAUUAAAUUUGAGAAAGGUAUCAUAGCGGCCUUUGGGAACAUGAUGCCGAAACAAGGGAAACUUUACAGACGAAGUUCCUUUCCUAGACUAAGCCAUAUAAAUGUUAACAUUAGACCUCCUACUAAAGGAAAAGGAGACCAGGAGCCUAUUACCCAAAGGCUUCUUAGGAAACACACGUUUACUAUGUAGAGAGGACCAGGUACCUUCCUGUAUAAAAACUUGAAAACAGAGAGUGCAUGGAAUCACUCGAAAUACAUCCACACCACCAGAAUUGAACAGGCUAAUUUUUCACUCGUAUUACGGUGUUUAGCACCAUUUGAAUCUAUUUGAGCGGCUUGAAAGAAUGUAUCCUGCGUUUCACCCUUAGACUAAGCUAUGAACGUAACCAGGGGCGAAAUAUCCCACCAACUAGAGCAAACGAAGCACUAGUAACGUUAUGCAAGUCGUAAGGUAGGGGUGAGAGCAAUCUAUUUUUGAGGUGGAAUAUCGUUGGUAUGAAGCAGGAUACAUUAAAGUCGAUGACGUCCUAGUUUCAUUGUGAAUAAAAAAUUUCAUUAAUUU